CGUUGCUACAGCAACGUGUCUUAAGGAGGGAUUUGGUGGUCAGUCGGAGUUUCAGACACUCUGAGCGUCGAAAAGCUUUCGCUGUGUUAACAAACUAAUAUGUCCGGCCGGGAGUGUUUAGGGGAACGCAAACACCGGGAACGGUGGGACCCAGUACGUUAUGAGUGACGGGAAACGGCAGAGACCGAUAGGAAGCUGAGGAGAAAGUUUUAAAACAUUUUCAGAGACCGUCUCUGGCCGGGCGGCUGCCUACGGCUAGCGAGCUGCUAGCAGUUUAAAAAAGUUUGGAGCUUCGCGUAGGAGGCUUGGCGACGCAGGAAUUAGACGUCCCCGGCGCGGUGGAGGGUGUGAAGCAUUCCCCGGUCCUGUCUGCCCUGUUUAGGAUGGCAGAGGACACGGACAUGAAGGGAAGCGCAGAGUUCAUCAAAGACCGUCUGUACUUCGCCACGCUACGCAGCAAACCCAAAAGCACAGCCAACACACACUACUUCUGCACCGACGACGAGUUUGUCUACGAAAACUUCUACACUGACUUUGGCCCUCUGAACCUGGCCAUGUUGUACCGAUACUGCUGCAAGCUGAACAAGAAGCUAAAGUCGUUCACUCUGACCAGGAAACGAAUCGUCCACUACACCAGCUUCGAUCAGAGGAAGAGAUCCAACGCCGCCGUGCUGAUCGGAGGCUACGCUGUGAUCUACCUGAAGAAGACUCCAGAAGAAGCCUACAGAGCUCUGAUCUCCGGUUCCAACGCCUCCUACCUGCCCUUCAGGGACGCUUCCUAUGGGACUUGCACCUACAACCUCACAGUGCUGGACUGUCUGCAGGGAAUCAGGAAGGCUUUGCAGCACGGCUUCUUUGACUUUGAGACGUUUGAUGUGGACGAGUACGAACACCAUGAGCGUGUGGAGAACGGAGACCUGAACUGGAUUGUCCCGGGGAAGUUUCUGGCCUUCAGCGGACCUCAUCCCAAAUCUAAAAUAGAAAACGGUUACCCCUUGCAUGCUCCUGAGGCGUACUUCCCCUACUUCAGGAAGCAUAACGUGAGCACAAUAAUUCGCCUGAAUAAAAAGAUCUACGAUGCCAAACGCUUCACCAACGGUGGCUUUGAGCAUUAUGACCUCUUCUUUGUGGACGGCAGCACGCCCAGUGACACCAUCACUCGUCGCUUCCUGUACAUCUGUGAGAAUGCAGCUGGAGCUGUGGCCGUCCACUGCAAGGCGGGCCUGGGCCGAACGGGCACUCUGAUUGGCUGUUACCUGAUGAAGCAUUACCGCUUCACUGCGGGAGAGGCCAUAGCCUGGAUCAGGAUCUGCAGGCCGGGCUCUGUGAUCGGCCCACAGCAGAACUUCCUGGAAGAAAAGCAGGCAUCGCUAUGGCUACAAGGCGACAGCCACCGGGCUCAGAAAGGGAAGCGGGAAGAAAAGGCGGUGCCUCGACUCAUCACCAGUAUGAACGACCUGUCCCUGAACUCCAACCACACCAGAGAAGCCAUAUCUGAUCAUCUGCUGGAGGGUGACCUGACCGACGGUUUGACACAAGGAGACAAACUCCGAGCGUUGAAGAGCCGACGUCCUCCUCGACGGUCCUCCUCCGGAGCCCUGAGAGUUGAUGAGAUGAAGAUUCAUGGUCGCUCCCCUUCGCCUCUCAGGUUAUCCGUGGGGGCGGGUCAGGGUCCCACGCCCAUCCUCAAGUCCUCCAAGUUCCUGGCAUCCUCCGCUUCUGCUGCUGCCAAAAGGAUCGGGAGGAACUCCUCAUCUACAGCGUCAAACAUCAGAAGCUCAGCUUUUGGCUCCCGAUUGGCCAGCUCUCUCAGCGACCUCUACACUACCGACAUGGAGGAGAAUGAGAAGACUUUGUACGCUUCUGUCCCUCCCUCCUCUUCCUCCACAAUCUCUAUAGGCCCCGCCCCCUCACCUCUGACCCCGCCCCCCCUUGCUUGCUAUGGUAACGGACCUCGCGGUUUGCAACAUGAAGUCAACAACAACAACAGUGUCCUGUUCAGCAGUUCUGUGGCGCCACCUGUAGGCAAAGGUUUUAUCCGACCAGCUCAUCAGGAUCCCUACAGGAGCUACGGGCCCUACAGCGCCACCAAGGGCCCCUCAGGACGCUACCUGAGCCGCUCCAUACCUUCUCUUCGCUCCGAGUACAUCCAGUACUAAACCCACAGACCGCAGCAGAAGACUCGCUACCCACAAGCCCCAGCCCGCCGCCCAGAGUCCUCCGGCGUCCAAACCAAACCAGCACAAGCUGGCUCCUCUGGACUGAGCCUGCUCUCUGUUCAUAUGUAAAUGAUCUGUAUGUAAAUAUGUUGUAAUCUACACGCGUGUUCGGCUCCAGGUGCAGAUUUUAUAACUCUUAUUGGUCUCAGAAGAAGAGGGUAUAUUUUUGUCUUAC